CUGUUACUGCUAGGAAGGUGAAAAUGUCAUUAGCCGGCUGAUUGAAAUUGAGCUCAAUCUUUUUAUUUAUUAAAGUAACCACAUAUAAUUCUCUCUUUCUCUCCUCUGUUCCUCAAUCCCAUCCUCUUUUGACUAAAGAUUUGAUCGAGGUUGACAAAUUGGCAUGUUCAUAGAUCAACUCACAAUCAGUCAUUCACCUAGUGAGAAUUGGUGAUCGAUCAACUACGAUUUCAUAUUCUUCUCUAUUUUCCAUCAUCUACACUGGUUUAGAUCAAGUCUACUUUUGAUCAUUCUUCUCUCUAAGAAAUAGAAUAAUCUUCGGUAUGUCAAAUUCAGAACUUUUCCAAGUGAAGGAAGAAGGUGAGAAAAAGAAAUCCAGUGAUGACAUACAACUUCCCACGUCCAACAAUCCAGAUAGGUGCGUAGAUAUUGCACCUGGUCAACAUGGAAACGUCGACCGAAAACAAGAUGAAAAUAAUCUAGAUCAUGAUGAUUAUGAUGAUAUCAGAAAGAAAGAUAUAUUUCAAGGAAAUUGUUCAGAGGAUCAAACUGAUAAAGGUAGGUCAUGGUCGAGAUAUGAAAUUGGAACGGUACAUAGAAGAUCAACACAAGCCUUGCAUGAGGAUGACACGCACAAAUCGAGAAAUGAUCCUGAUGACGAUCCCGAUGAUGAUGGAUUUACAACACCAACUUCUUCGGAUCACAAAAUCCCAGUGAUGACAACGUGUCCACCCGCACCCAAAAAAAGUAUCAAAAGAAGAUUUUCAGCUUCACCAAACAUGCAUCCAACUCUCCAAGUUGACUUUGAAUCCAUUAUUCAGGAAGAAGAUUUGGGAGGGAAUAACAAGAAAUUAAGAAAAAAUGAUCAUCAAGAAUGAACAAUACAUUUCCUACAGUAUUAAAGGUGAGAAAUAAAAUUCAUCCUACAAUAUAUAUUCAUAUACUUUUAUAUCCUAUGGGUUUAAGUUACGUAAAAUGAUACUGUAAUAAUUUAACAUGUUAUAAUAGAUACUUAUUUACUAAGUGCCUUUUUGGAUGGUGGCUUCCUAUGGUAUGGUAUGGUAUGGUUACAAUGAAAACUAUGUUUGUUUUGAUUGUUUUCUGAAAGGCAUGAUUUGGUAUUGUAUCUUUUCAUGGUUUGAUAACCAUGAAAUCAGUCAAUUUACAAAACCACCAAUUUAGUGAUAUCCCAUGAUUUUAUUUUUUUCUUCCAAUUAUGCCCUUCCAAUCAGCCAAAUGCUAGCUGCUCCCAAAAGUAUGAUUGGUCAGUCAGGGUGUUCGUAAAUGUUUUUGAUCCUUCUGUUUGAUUCUGGUGACUAAAGAAAAACGGAAAAAUAUUUUCGAUCCUUCUCUGCUUGAUUCAGGUGUCAAAGAUGCCCUUUGCUUGGA